UCUAAAAUGUACAUUAUGUCAACAAAGUACCGCGAAUGAUCGAUUUAAACCGGACUGGGUGAUUGGAUCGGGACGCAAUUUUUUUCCUACGUUGAUACAAAUGUCCUUCAUGGUUGUGCAGAGUUUGAGCGGGAUCCGGCAAUCCGUUUAUCUACAGCAGCUUUUUAAGUAAAUCAAAGUCAGUAGUGGGCGACGAUAUUUUUCAUAGCUUACCUUCCGCGAAGAAAGUAACAAGGAAAUGGGUCAAUCAAACAACCCUUUUUUUAUUUUAAAUGAUCUAAAAUAAGCUCCAUUCCUCUCUGCCACCGGCACAAACGGUGUCCGGGAUUGUCUUCCCAUAGCAAAAAACGAUCACUCACUACUGACCUCGUCUUACUUAAACCAGCUACUGUAAAUAAACGGGUCGCCGGAUCCCGCUCAAACUUUGCACAAUAAUUAACAACAGUUGUAUCAACGUAGGAAAAAAAUUGCAUCUCGAUCCGAUUGCCCAGUCCGAUUUAAAUCAACUAUUCCCGGUACUUUGUUAACAUACUAAUGUAUAUUUGGGCCACUUUCAUUUUACUCUUUCACCACAUUUAACAAUUGGAUGGAUUCCCCCCCCCCCGGGGGGUGGUUUCUCCCACUCGCUCGUCCCUCCAGUGGCAGUUCUGUUGAGUGACAGGCUAUAUUUUUGAAUUUAUAAUGACACCCUACUCCGAAUAAAAGCAACGAAAGAACGAUCGCUGUUCACUUCCCUCAUUCUGUGGGGCAUACGCACUCACGCGGCCACUGCACGCUCUCGUGUCUCUCAUGCACCCAGGUGUGGUGGUGUAGCUUUUGCAGUUCCAGGAUCGCAAACGAUGGGGCAGCUCAGCAAACACUUCCGCCAGGCGACGAUUGGCAAGAGCUGCCGUGACUUGCUGCAUCCCGGCCAGCCCUGUUCCGCUGCCUGGCGUACGUUCGUCGUCCAAGGUGUCCUCGGUGCGUUCCGCCACUAUUUACCGGCCGUCGUUACACCGCUGCUGUUCCGUGUACGCCACUGGCAUGAGCCGGAAGUGUGGAGCACGUUCGUCCGUCAGUACUGCCGGUGCGUGCUAGCGGGACUCCCGAUGACCGGUGGAAGCUUUCUCGCCUUCUGUCUGUUCCACAAAGCCCUGGGACGCUUUCCUCCGGCCUGGUUCGUGCUGGUCCCGUCGCUGGCCGGUGGGCUCACGGUGCGCUUCCUGCCACGGACAAUCGUACGCGCCCAAGGAAUCGGACUGUUCAAUAUGUAUAUCGAGUUUCUCAUUCGCCGCUCCCGCAUGCCGACCGUCGCCUGGAUGCGCUCCUCGAAGGUGGUUGCCACCGGGUGCUUCAUGGCAAUGAGUGGCGGCAUCAUGGCGGCGCACCAGUAUCUGCGGCUCGAUCGUUUCUGGUUUGCACGGGCGUACCGUGGUGGUGCGGACGGGCACAAGGAACACACAACGCCCGCUGCCUGCCGCCAGCACGUGCUGGCCGAGGUGCGGAAGUCGUUCUACGUUGGGUUGACCGUGAGCGUGCUGAAGAACGUGUUACCCCGGUUGACGCUGCUGUUGCGCUCUCCGUUGUUGUUCUGCCGGGCGCUAGUGGCCCGUUUCGAUUACGGGUUGCUGAGUUUCAUCACACUGUACAAGGCACUGUACGAGGCAGGUAGCUGCUGGUUGGCGUACCAGCAUCACCGGGAGCUUCGAUUGUCGGCGAUCGGACGGAGCGCGGUAGCCGGUAUCGUUGCCGGUGUGGCUUACGGGUGUUUUCCGAAUUAUCUGCUCUUUACCUUUCCGCUUACCGAGCUCGUCGAGUUAGGGUGGCUGGUGUACAUGGGGUGCGGAAGUUUGCCAAAACCGUCGGUCGUACGGUGGUUCGAUCGGUGCGUUCCCGUCGCUGAACUGUUGUACACGGCCAGCCUUGGACUGUUGUGCCAGCUGCGUGUCGUCCAUCCGUACCACGUGAACCGCUACUGGUACAAGCUGAUGGCCAAUGGGACGUGGGGUCGGUCGGAUGUACUCGCGCAAGGCUACGCAAACGUGCUGCUCGGUUGCUGA